AGGCGCAAAACAGUGAGGGGAGGAGCCAGGGAGUUGAGAGAGGGAGAGAAGGGAGGCAGAGAGAAAAAGCAGACGGGCUGCUGAAAAUGGAGAGCACACGGAGAAAGGUGAUCGGAGAUUAUUCAAGAGCAUGUCAAAAUAGGAAGACCACAACAGUUACACUAAACUCAAAAUAGGGAAUAACUCCACCGCAUAGACCCAUUUAGAAGAAGGAUCCAGCCUGCGAGAGCAACAUUUGGCUGUUUGAUUUCAGCACAAGAUCAAGUCAGUAGAAGAGAAGGUGUUUCUCAGUAUGAGUCGAGAUGGGCGGAGGAAGAGGGACAGGGAUGACAACGGUUGGGCCUCCAGGGGUGGCUACAUGUCUGCUAAGGUGUCCAAGCUGGAUGAGCAGUUUAAGAUGGACGCCCCCAGAGAGAAACAGAAAGAUGGAGUCUGCUCUAGCAUCUUCACUGGGGUGGCCAUAUAUGUCAACGGGUACACAGACCCCAGUGCGGACGAGCUGCGCAGGCUGAUGAUGCUGCAUGGGGGUCAGUUUCACAUGUACUACUCCCGCUCCAAGACAACCCACAUAAUCGCCACCAACCUGCCCAACAGCAAGAUACAGGAGCUGAGGGACCAGAAGGUGGUCCGGCCGGAGUGGAUCACUGACAGUAUCAAGGCUGGCCAUCUCCUGUCCUACCUGCAGUACCAGCUCUAUGCCAAGCAGAAAGGCCUGAGCUUCCCCAGUGUGUCUGUUCGCCAGGGCCAGGAGGCUGCAGGACUCAGCCACGGGCAAACCCAACCCAGCCACAGCCUCCCUGUACCCAGCCUCAAUAACCUCAUACCUGUCCUCAGCAACCCAUCCCCCAGCCUUGGGAAGCCCCUAUCCAGCCACAGUCAUCUACACAUAGACAAUCUCCUCCCCCAGCCCAACCAGUGUAACCCGCUAGCUGGUGACCUCAACCCCCAGCCCAGACACUUUAGCCCAGGACACUGCUUUCUCAGCCCCUACUCCUCCAAUCACCUCUACUCUGACCCAGGACACAUCCCCCACCACCCACCCAGCCAAGGGCAGGCCAAGCCAGGCUGCAUCCAGCCUCUUGCUCCAGCUGACACCCACUUACAGACCCCCGGUCCCAUCCCAGCUCACCCCAGCCAUGAGCACUCUAAACCUGGGCACGCACAACCUCAGUCCAGCCUCUCCUUCUCCAACCACCUCCAGCACAGCUACCGGGAUCUGGACUUCAGACUACAAAAUGAGGACCGCCCAAAUAAACUGGGUGCAAGAGGGGGCGGUGAGGACCCCUGUCCUGUCAGACCCACCAGAGGGGCAACGGACCCCCCUCUGACCAAUGGUCACACCCACCCUGUGAAUGGUGCCUUAAAGCCUCUGGAUCUCUCCCCGAACCCCACACUACCCACAGACACACCCCUGAACCCUGGCAGGAAGUCCACGGGGGGGUCUGUGUCCCUGCAUCCUGCCAGCCCCCUAUCCAACUCCCCUUUGAAAUCUGACCCCCCCAAACUUCUCCACAGCCCCCCCAGGAACCCAACUCCUCCCCCUGUGUCUCACCACAGACACCACGAACAACUGGCCAAUGAACAGCGACCCAAACCUCCGCCACCCACCUAUCAGGAGGCGACGGCUGCCUUGGCGUCCCGCCCCAUCGUUCUCCCACCGCCGAAGCCCCGUCAAUCAGAUUCCCCUCCUGAGAAACCCCUCCCCCUUGAUAACCCAAACCUCUCCACUUCCCCUGUCCGUCUGAAUGGCAGUCACCACAAUGCCUUUACACCUAACCCCGCCCCUCUUGAAACCAACAGCUUAUCAGCUAUUCCCUCAAAUCCCGCCCCUCCAGACAGCGACCACCAAUCGGUACUGGCGAAGACCGGGGGGAUCAUCUCAGAGUUCUACUCCCACUCUCGUCUACAUCACAUCUCCACGUGGAGGAGUGAGUUCUCUGAGUAUGUCAACACGCUGCAGAGCAGGAGGAGGGCCACAGGGGGCGCCACAUUCCCCGGGAGAGACAGGCUCAAACGCCAGAGGAGAGAGGGUUUGUCAGCUGCUCCUGGCCCACAGUCCUGUAUCCUGCAUGUGGACAUGGACUGUUUCUUUGUCUCUGUGGGGAUCAGACACAGGCCCGACCUCAAAGGGAAGCCAGUAGCUGUGACCAGUAACCGUGGUCCAGGCAGAGUGGCCCAGAGACCUGGUGUUGACCGCCAGCUGGAGCUGCAGUACUAUCAGAGGAAAUACUCCCAUGCAAGUGUCUCGGAGAGGAAGGAUGGGGACCUGGAGGAAAUGACCUCGGCCGAGAGUCACGUCUCCCACGGCAAUGGUGUGGACCCGGACACAACUUGCCUCUCUAUGGCUGAGAUUGCCUCCUGUAGCUACGAGGCCAGGCAGGCAGGAGUGAGGAAUGGGAUGUUUUUUGGCCAGGCCAAACAGCUGUGUCCUUCCCUGCAGUCUGUCCCUUAUGACUUCCAGGCUUACAAGGAGGUGGCACUGGCUAUGUACGAGACCCUCGCCAGUUAUACUCACAACAUUGAGGCUCUGAGUUGUGACGAGGCGUUGGUGGAUUGCUCUGCCCUGCUGGCUGAGUUGGGUGCUACACCUGAAGAGCUGGCCAGCGCCAUCCGGACAGAUGUCAGGGAGAGGACUGGGUGCACUGCCUCGGUGGGCAUGGGGUCCAACAUCCUGCUGGCGAGGAUGGCGACCCGGAAGGCCAAGCCGGACGGACAGUACCUCCUGAGGUCAGAGGAAGUGGACGACUUCAUCAGGGACCACAGGGUCACUAGCCUGCCAGGUGUGGGCCGUUCUAUGGGCGCAAAGCUGGCGUCUCUGGGUGUGAGGUCGUGUGGGGACCUGCAGCAGGUGUCUCUACAGCAACUGCAGAAGGAGUUUGGCCCUCGCACCGGGCAGACCCUCUUCAGGUUCUGCCGAGGUCUCGACGACCGGCCCGUACGCAGCGAGAAGGAAAGGAAGUCUGUCUCGGCCGAGAUGAACUACAACAUUCGCUUCACACAGGUGGAAGAGGCGGAGUCGUUCCUGACCAACCUGUCCAUGGAGGUACAGAAGCGUCUUCAGGGCGCGGGGCUCAGGGGUCGCAGACUGACCCUAAAGGUCAUGGUGCGUAAGGUGGGGGCCCCGGUGGAGCCAUCCAAAUAUGGGGGUCACGGCAUCUGUGACAAUCUGGCCAGGUCAGUGACCCUGGCCCAGUCGACAGACAGUGGUCAGCUGAUAGCCAGUGAGGUCAUCAAGCUGUUCCACUCAAUGAGGCUGGAGGUGCAGGACCUGAGGGGGGUGGGCCUUCAGGUGCAGCUCCUUGAUGGGGCUCACUCAGCCCCCUAUGACCCCUCUGGCCCUAAAACACGCUCCAUCAGAGACAUGCUUCUGGCCCAGCGGCCCCCUGCCCAACACAACAACACAGAUUCGCUAGCUGAUGCUCCUGUUGCUGACUCAACCACCAAUCAGGGGAAGAGUUCCUCUGCCAGAGUCCCACCCCCCUUCUCCACUCUCCGCCCUCCUUCGCCUGCUGAUCCAAUCCCAGGGACAAGUAAAGAAGAGCCGCUGCCCUCUACACGCACACCUAACCAUGUUCGGACACGCCUCAACCUCAGCAUCGAGGUCCCCUCUCCUUCACAGGUGGACAGGUCAGUGUUGGACGCCUUGCCUGCAGAAUUGAGAGAACAGGUGGAGCUCUCCUGGACCCACAGAGAGAAAGAGAGAUCCCACAACAGGUCACACCACCGCCCCUCUAGCCCUCACCCCUCAUCCCUUCUUUCUUCCCCCUCCUCUCCUCCUACCCUGGCUGCCCUUCCUGUAGGAACACUGGUGCUUCAGAUCCCCAACCAGCCUGGACAGCCUGGCUCCACGGGCAUCAUACUGGAACUGCCUGACUUUUCCCAGGUUGACCCGGAGGUGUUUGCAGCGCUCCCCAGAGAGCUCCAGGAGGAACUGCGUUCAGCGUACAGCCGCAGAGAGACCGCCCAGGCCCAAGGGAUCAUCAUGGCAGAGCAGAGGAACCCCCUGUUGCAGCUGAAGCAGGUUGGAGUGGGUCGGGUGAAGAGGCGCUACAAGAAGAAGAACACCAACUCCAGCCCCAUUAAGAAAGGCCCCUCCCCUCUAAAGAGGUCCCACCCACCAGGAAACAGCCCUGCCAAAGCCCUACAGCACGCGCUCAGAUCGAGGGACCUAUCCAACGGCCUCAAGCUGGAGAAUGGACCUUCCACAUCCUCUCUAAAGCAGGAUGUCCCAGAGUCUCUGUCUAAGUUCACCCCUCGCCCUGAACCCACCCUGGCUGGAGCCUGUGAUUUCACGGACAUCCGAACACUACUCAGAGAAUGGGUCACUACCAUAUCAGAACCCAUGGAGGAGGACAUUCUGCAGGUGGUCAAGUACUGCACUGAUCUGAUCGAGGACAAAGACCUGGAGAAACUUGACCUGGUCAUCAAGUACAUGAAGAGGUUGAUGCAGCAGUCUGUGGAGUCUGUGUGGAGCAUGGCCUUUGACUUCAUCCUGGACAACGUGCAGGUGGUGGUACAGCAGACCUACGGCAGCACUCUGAAGAUCACAUAGGAGGACACGGCAGGCUCUAGCCAAGUCUCAAAUCACACCUUAGUCCCCACAGUGCACUGGUCAAAAGUAGUGCACUAGUAUGUGGGGGAUUGGAUGCCAUUUGAGAUCCAGUUUUGCUCCUCCACACACUCUGCAUCAGUGUUCUGUUUGUUGUACCACUGUUACAUCAUCAAACUAUUACAUCAUAAUCCUGACGGGAGGAGCUGUGUUCUCUUGUGACAUCACAGUGAAAGUUCUGUGACAUCAGCUCAGCAAGCCCCAUAGAAUUAGUAAUAAUAGGAUCACUGACCUGCGUUCUACUUCAUUAUGACACGCGUCAGCAGAACACAGCACAGGAAUCGGCUGCACUACACUUCAGCAGCCUGAAUAUCAACUUGGCCCGACACGCACUGUCUAACCUACCAUGAGCCGGGGGGCAGGAACACUCCUCCUGUAGCCCCUGUUGGUCAGGACCCACUAAAUCUCAUGAGUGAUGGCUGACUCAGCCAUUAGGUGUGUGAAUAUGCCAAAUAUCACAGUCUGAUGGUGGCCAUGGAAUCUCCUUGCCUUCUCGACGGUCUACUCUGCCCCCCCCCCUAUUCUGUGACAUCCAGGGGUUGGAGGCAGAAAGAAGGAAACCAUAGACAUCCACUUUUCCUGGCUCUGUUUCUUUUCUCUCUGCUUAUCACCAGUCGUUCUGUUACUCUAAGCUCUGCCACCAUAGCCUCAGAAGUAUCUGCAAACUGACAUGGUAGCAAAAAGAUGCAAAAACAUCCUGUUUGGGAGAUUGUUUUUAAAAAGCAAGCUUUUUUUUUUUUUGUACCUUUCCUCUGCAAAAGAAAAAGUGCCAAACCUUGUUAUGGCAUGUAAAUUGUGUUUUCAACACCUCUUGUUAAGUUUCAAAAGAAAAAAACUUUCUAUAUAGACAUUCUUAUGUUUUCUCUUGUAUUGGGUACAAGUAGUGUGUUAUUAACUGUUGUUAGUUCUCUCUUUUGCUCUUUCAUCGUGUGUGUUUGUGACGGGAAGGAAACCAACAUUUGGCCGAAGUACUUAUGUAACUUUUUUAUGCAACCUCUAUAGGUUGACACAGAAUUGCAAUGGUGUGAAGUGGCUUCCUCUCCUUCAACUACACUGAUGAGAAAAUCUAGGAGAAGGCAAUACUAUAUCGCUUUGGAUAGCUACUAUGUGACGUGCAGAUGGUGGGGAGGGGAAGCCAUUUUAGGCUGUUGUGAGGCACCCACUCUCCUUAUGAGCUGUCAAUACUCGGACAGCUCAUAAUGAAAUAAUACUUGCUUAUGCCCUCACAAUGUUGCAGAAUUAAAUGUUCUCUUUUUGUGACAUCGCGGGAUACAAAUGUUCGAGAGCACACAUUUGUGCAAAAAAAAAAAAAAGAACUGACAGUUCUCUCAUUGUGACAUCAGCAGAGUGGAUGACAUGGUGGUUUUGAAAUGGUUUCUACUGUACCUGAUCAUAUAACGGUGAGUAUGCUGGGGAAAUGAAUGUAGUUCUAAACACAGGAGACACAGACAACCCUUUGAUUCGGAGUUUAUUUCCUUAGAAUGUGUAUGCUGUGGUCUGAGUGACUGUAUAAUGCUCACUUUUCCUCUCAUCUGCCCUAACUCUACAAAAGGGAAGGGCCAGAAGGAAUUAUCUCAUUGGUCAGUGUACCUGUCUCACGACUGACCCGUGCCUGAAGACCUGAAGCUGUGACAUCAUUUGUAUGUUUUCUAAGAACUUGAUAAUAAACUUGGAACUUGUAAAAUU